CCUGUGCUACUACCUCUGCCGCCCCGGAAUGGAAAUCAAAUUGGAGCCACCCAGCCGGCCAGUCAGAAUAGGCCGCCGGCCCAAGGACGGGUGUAUGCAAUGGCAAGAAGGGAAGCUGAGGACGCGCCUGGCGUGGUCACAGGUACGGUCUCUCUCUGUGAUCAUGCUGCAUAUGCCUUAUUCGAUCCGGGAGCGUCGCAUUCAUUUAUAUCUGAACAGUUCGUUAAAUUAACUGGGAUUGAGCCAAAGCCGCUUGACGUUAUGCUGUGUGUGACUACCCCGCUGAAUGAUAAAGUGCUGAUUGCGUUUGGAUGUCCUAAUUGUAAGAUAGUGAUUAGCGAUAGGGAAGGAAGAAUAGAUUUGGCAGUCUUAUCUAUGCAUGACUUUGACGUGAUUGUUGGGAUGGACUGGCUAGUCCAACAGAGAGCUGUUGUGGAUUGUAGUAGCAGGGUGAUCCAAUUUAAUCCGGUUGGACAUCCUAGAUUUGAGUUUAUGGGAAAUCGAGGAGGAACCUCGAUCCCUUGGACUUCGUCGCUCGAGGUAACAAAGUUGCUGGACGAAGGGUGUCAAGGGUUUCUGGCAAAUGUAGUUGAUUCGACGGCUAGAGAGCCGAGGCUAGAAGACAUAGCCGUAGUGUGCAACUUUCCUGAUGUCUUUCCUUAGGAAUUACCGGGACUGCCACCUGAUAGAGAAGUGGAGUUUGUAAUUGAGUUGGCCUCAGGAACAGAACCGAUUUCAAAAGCACCCUAUAGGAUGUCACUAUCUGAAUUAAAGGAAUUGAAGGUCCAAAUGCAGGAGUUGCUAGAUAAAGGCUUUAUCUGCCCGAGUACGUCCCCAUGGGGAGCACCGGUGUUAUUCGUGAGAAAGUAAGAUGGGUCCUUGAGGUUGUGUAUAGACUACAGACAGUUAAAUCAGGUGACUAUUAAGAAUAAGUAUCCACUGCCAAGGAUUGAUGACCUGUUUGAUCAGUUGCAAGGAACAUCGAUAUUUUCAAAGAUCGACUUGAGAACAGGGUACCAUCAAUUGAGGAUUAAGAAGGAGGAUAUACCAAAAACGGCAUUUAGGACAAGAUAUGGGCACUACGAGUUUACGGUAAUGCCGUUCGGAUUGACGAAUGCCCCGGUAGCAUUUAUGGAUUUGAUGAAUAGGGUAUUCAAGGAAUUUCUGGAUCAGUUUGUAAUCGUGUUCAUAGACGAUAUCCUAGUAUAUUCGAAGAGUUCCGCCGAGCACGAGUUACAUUUGGAAAAAGUUCUACAGACCCUAAGGGAACAUGCGCUCUACGCUAAGUUCAGCAAGUGUGAAUUCUGGCUUCAUCGAGUGGCAUUCUUAGGACAUGUGGUAUCUGGAGAAGGAAUUGCAGUGGACCCGGUGAAGAUUGAAGCCGUUGUGAAUUGGCGAAGGCCGACAACAGUUACCGAGGUUCGGAGCUUCUUGGGUUUAGCAGGUUAUUACAGACGCUUCGUGGAAGGGUUUUCGGCAUUAGCGAUGCCAUUGACGCGGUUACUAAAGAAAGAGACAAGGUUUGAAUGGACGGAUAAGUGCGAAAGGAGUUUCCAGGAGCUAAAACAGAGAUUAACAACCGCGCCAGUGUUGACAAUCCUGUCAGGUUCGGGAGGAUAUGAGAUUUAUAGUGAUGCGUCGCUAAGAGGAUUGGGAUGCGUGUUAAUGCAACACGGAAGAGUAGUGGCGUACGCAUCGCGACAAUUGAGACCGCACGCGCUAAAUUAUCCGACUCACGAUUUGGAAUUGGAUUGA